AUGCCAGAUCCAGUCGAAGAACUGGAGCAGAAUCCACGAGAAGCCAAGAACCACUUCCUCAGAUACCUUAAAGAUGAAUUUCUCACGCUCAACUUCUACCGUGCGCAUAUGCUUUACUUUAUCGUUGUUAUUGCAAUAUCUUCGGUCAUUGUGUAUGGUGAAGGGGUGAAGAAUGGGCCGAAGGAGUAUCGCGAUUCGCAUCUCUCCUAUAUGGACGCAUUGUUUCUGACAUGCAGCGCUAUGACAACCACUGGUAGGUCGAUACAUCGAUCUGGAAGCAAUGAUGUAGGCCUCAACUCCGUCGACCUAGGCGACCUGUCCGGCUUCCAGCAAGCCGUGCUCUGUAUUCUACUCAUCAUCGGCAGCAUACCCUUUGUCUCCAUGGUCGUAGUUCUUAUCCGGCAAUCCAUGUUCCGCAAGCGCAUGUCCGAAGUCGUGAAGCACUCGCGCACCAUGCAGCGCCUAGUACAAGACAUCGAGCACAAUCGCCAGGCCGAAGGCAGCGGCGAAAGCAGGAGCAACAGUCUCCGGCAACGUCAGAUCGUCGGCCCCAGAAAUAGCAGUGCAAACGAAGGAUUAGGGAAGGCGAAGCCGGUGAAGCCGGUGAAGAUACAGCCGUUGACUAAAAGAAGGACGUUUCAUCAUCAGACGGGUUUUGGGUUUGUGCCGACGCCGUGGGAGACCAAGCUGGCGAGUAACUUCUUCGGGCGUAUUUUUGAUAGUGUAACGAGCGAGUUGAAGCCUGAAAAGCACGACUAUGUCUCGUUUAAGCCACGAUUAGACUCCAAAGGACGGUUUCUCGAACUCAGCGAACACGAUCGAUUGGAGCUGGGAGGUGUCGAGUAUCGCGCUCUGCAAGCACUAUUAUAUAUCUUGAUCGGCUACCAGUUAUUCUGGUACACGCUCGGUGUCAUCUUACUGGUACCGUACGCAUACCGCACCAAGACAAGAGCUAUUCUGCGCGAAGCACAGCCUGGAGGCCUGAAUCCAGGGUGGUGGGCGUUCUUCUCGACAGUCACUGAAUUCACGAACGGAGGUUUGAACGUGCUGAACGCGAACUUCAUACCGUUCAGUGGCAUGCCGUACAUUCUAAUCAUUGCUGGUGCACUGGCGUUGGUUGGACAGACACAAUUCCCUAUCUUCUUGAGGUUGACGAUCUGGGUCAUGGAGAAGUGUGUGCCAAAAGGCUCUCGAUUGCAGAACACCCUGCAGUUUUUACUGCAACAUCCUCGACGGUGCUUCAUCUACCUUUUCCCAAGCAGGCAGACAUGGUACCUUCUGAUGAUCCAGGUCACGAUCGAUAUCACGGCAUGGCUAUGCUUUGAGAUCUUGAAUAUCGGCAUGCCGGACAUCAAGGCCUUGCCUACUGGAACAAGGAUCUUGGACGGUCUUUUUCAAGCCACAGGCCUUCGCACGUCCGGAGCGUAUACCGUCGCAUUUAGCUCGUUGGCGCCGGCAUGUUUAGUCGGCUACCUCGUCAUCAUGUACAUCUCUAGCUACCCACUGGUGAUGACGCUUCGCAAAACCAACACUUACGAGGAACGUUCAAUUGGUUUGGAAGAGGGUGGUGACAGUGCUGCUGGCAUUGCGUCACACUUGCAGAAACAACUUGCCUAUGACAUCUGGUUCCAGUUUCUUGCUUUCUUCCUUGUCUCAAUUAUAGAGCGAGGUCACAUCCUGAGGAAAGAUCCAGGGUUCGACUCGUUCUCAGUGCUCUUCGAAGUCACGUCAGCAUAUGGCACAGUGGGCCUGUCCACCGGUGUUCCAAGUCAAGACUACAGUCUUAGCGGCUCUUUUGCGAGCCUGAGCAAAGUUGUAAUCUUGGUCGUAAUGGUUCGAGGUCGACAUCGUGGUUUGCCACUCGCGAUUGACAGAAGUAUUCUCUUGCCAGGCGAGGAGCUCAUGCAACGCCUGGAUGCCGAGUAUGGUGGCCGAGGUGGCGCAUCAGCUGAGGAUCUCGAAGAGCUCGUCACGAAAAUCGAGGAAAAUGGUACCCAGACAGGAGGCUCGACGUCAGCUGCAGUACACCAAGAUCCAGACCGGCACACAACUCGCUGAAGGAGCCGCAUCCAAAAGAUCGUAUGAUUCACAGACGUGAGGGUCAGUGGAGCUCGGAAACCGAUCCAGUGAUCGUUUAGAUAUCUUGGAGUGUUCUCGAAGAAGCAAAGAAAGGGGGCGUACCAGUAUAGCAGCCGGUCUGUCUCUGACCAUAGUGAGAAAGUACGGGGUCCUGCUGGAAGGCGCAUAGAAGGCGACCACUCUUCCCUUCCGAUC